AUGUUGCUUCUCAAGCUUUCCCUCCUGACAGCUAUGGCAAUACCCGUAGCUGCCCUUCAUUGCCAAAAUGAAGUCACAGACGUGACGGGAGACCGCAACUGGGUGUUGGCAGGUUGUGGCCCUUGUCGCAAGUAUGUAGGCAACAAUAGGUACUCUUUCGAAACUCACCUUGAAAUGCCUAAUGACGACGCCGACGACUUCAAGUAUAAUGAAGACAACGAUGAAACCUACAAAAGUCUCUGCGAAGUGUGCCGCAGUAAUUAUGGCCCCAAACAGCCAGGCCGCGGUGACUAUGGCCCUAAACAGCCAGAAAAGGUCAUAACCAGCUCGAUCAUGGUGCUUAAACUGCCCAAGGAGACACCAAGCAUCACAAGUAUCAGAAUAACACAGACGAAGCCUCGCGUCGGAUGGUCAACUCUUCCAGGUCCCGACGAUGGCACUACCUUUGCUUGGUUUACGAAAACAACAACGCAUACCAAGACUGAGACUGAAACCACGACCACAACGGCAUCUACUACUAUAAGUCUAAGGAAGAGUGCAGCAACAUCGAUGGGCUUGAGUGAGACUUCAGCAAUAUUGGACCCAGAAGAGACUGACACUCCAACGCCACAAAAGAAAAAACGCUCUUCUACCUUUCAAACAGUCGGUAUCGUGAUAGCGGUUAUAUUUUUCAUCCUAUUUACCGGUCUAGUCGCUUGGAAAUGCCUUCAACACCGCCGUCAGGCUCAGCCUGAUCAGGGCCCUGAGGACCCAAUAGGUGAUGCUAGUGUCGCUGGAGGCAGCGCCUUCGACGAUUCAGACUCAGAGUCCGAUGGGGGCCAGGCCAGAAAUUUGAUAGCCUCCAUCAGGGAUUGGUUCAGAAGGCACCAGUCUCCAUUUCCUCCACCAAACGAGCCUGAAGAACCGGCUCCUGAUGUUGUCGAGGAACGUGUACCCGAUCCGGGUCCUCCUCCUCCUAUUCCUGUGCAACCAGGUCAAGCUCCCGCUGAUGUAGAACAUUCAUACAUCCCACGUACUCCUCCCGCUAUUCCUGGACAUCAAGUCGGGGCCCCUUCAGUUCAAGUGCCAACUCCUGAUCCAGCUCAAGAUCGGAGUAACUCGAGUACCUACAGCCAGGACAGCGGAUAUCCAAAGUCGCUCGAAAUACCCAGGCCACUCUCCAUACACAGAUCCCAUCGUAGACAGGAAGAACCUAAGCCGCUUCAAGAAUGGAGGACAACUGGAGAGCCCGUGCAAACCGGAAAUUAUGGCUGGGUUUAA